AUGGGUUGCGUAAAGAUAACAUGACGGAACUUGAAAACGACGAAGAAAGGCCGGUAACUGGAUGUGUUUCGUUAAGAUGUUGUAACCCAGUCAAGUUUAUUUUUGAUAAGUUUGAGUCGUUCGUCAGGAAGAAAGAAGAUGACAAGGAAGAGAAGCGUGUUCACCUUAGGUUCGAGUCAUUUCGUGCAAGUACAAACCCAUUUUACAUCAGCUACAAGUUUAUUUACGGAAAAAAAUGACAACACCAUCAGCAACCCUCUUUACUAUCUGCUGGACAUGCAACAGAAGCUGCACAGACAAGCAUGGAUUGACGAUGAGUUCAAGGACGAUUACGAAUCAUUGUCAGACCAAUGCGAAAACUUCAUGGAGGAACUGAUGAAUCAGUGUUGCAGCAUCAGCGAGAAAAAGAUGCUUACUAACGUUCUUCCUGACAUCAAAAAAGAAAGGAUUGAAAAAUUCAUCGUUAUCCAUUCCAAAAGACAUGAAGUGAGGGAUCUAAGUUUUCUCAAUCUGGCUCUUAAAACUAAAUGUGAUAAGUUAAUAGCUCAUCCUUUCAACCAGCUCCAGCUAAACUCAGUGGUUUAUCCCAACAUAGCCACUUGGAGAAAAAGAAGCGUCUUUAGUGUUUUCAUGUUCACACUUCGGCACUUCCUUCUCCUACCAUUGCUAGCCAUUGUUAAUAUAUGUUCUCCUUGUGAGAAUGGAAUAACACGAUAUAUGGACAAUCCAAUGAUCAAGUUCAUGAGUCAUUUCUGGUCCAUGUUAUCAUUUGUUGUUUUGCUCGUUGUUUCUUGCUUCCAAGACAAAUUUGAUGAUGAGUUGGUGAAGUUAAGUAUCCCAGAGUGGAUGAUACUGCUAUGGGUUGCUGGUUUUGCUGCUCAAGCCUUGGUAGAAUUAUCCACACAGGGGUUCUAUCGCUAUUUUGCCCAGUGGUGGAACUGGGUCAUGAUAGCGAUGAUUAUUGUCUUCUCGACUUCAUACAGCCUGAGGCUUAUCGCAUAUGGAAAUAAUUUAAACUGGGAUGUCUUGUACCAUAUCACAUAUUUCAGUCCUAGCAUAUGGUAUAAACUCGUCCUUGUGGCUAACAGUCUGUUCUCAAUAGCAAUGGUCCUAAGCUUCGUUCGAUUAUCAGUGGUGUUCCAGGUGAACGAUGUGAUUGGCCCUUGGCAACUUUCACUUUACCACCUUAUACUCGACGUCAUAAAGUUCAUGCUAUUUUUUUCGAUCUUUUUUGUUGCCUUUGAUUUAAGUUUAAGGAAACUCUACUCGCAUUACGUCAUCACACAAAGGUAUAUAGCAAAAACUUCUCAUAACGGGACAAACACAGAAACAGGCCAUACAUUUUCAAGUGUUGGUUCUGGUGCUUACGAUCUGUUCUGGUCCAUAUUUGGUUACACUGACCCGCAGAUAUUUCAAACGAAGGAUCCCAAUUUUACCAUCACCAGAGAAACAGGAGUAUUCCUGUUUGGGUUGUUCCAGGUACUCGCUGUCAUCGUAGCUGUAAACAUGCUUAUAGCGAUGAUGACCAAAUCAUUCGAAAAUAUCACGAGUAACGCGACAAAAAAAUGGAAGGUCUCCCGAACUCGCAUCUGGAUGUUCUGGGUUGAGGAGGGCAGCAGUCUCCCGCCGCCUUUUAACCUUCUAAUCGUAUUAAGGAACGUGUUCAAGAAAAUGAAGGAAACAAUAUGCCAGUCAUCACCCACGAAUGUAAAUAUUGAUUAUGAAAUGGCCAGGCAAACCACAAGUAAUGGUAACCAUCAGGGACGGGAUAAAGCUAAGACUGAAAUCGAAAGAGAGAAAAUUCGAGUUAUGCUACGACGUUACAUAGAAAACGAAAGGAAAAUAAUGGGCCUGCCAAAAUCUACUCUUGAACAGGAAAUUGAUAUUGAAACUGCGGAAACUGGGAUCGAGACUAACUAUUCUCGACCACUGAACCAACAUGAUAACAUAAUGCCCAUCAGCAAGUCAGAGACAUCCCGUCAUGGGAAAGAAAUGAUGAACUUAUCUUUUACAGAAAACUAAAAACAUCCACCAAAAAAGGCAUGCAUUUUACCAUUAACAUUAUGAUGUAAUGCACACGCACUGAUAAUAAACAUUGACAUUAUGAUGUAAUGCGCACGCACUGAUAAUAAACAUUGACAUUAUGAUCUAAUGCGCACGCACCGAUAAUAAACAUUCGCAAUGUGAUGUAAUGCGCACGCAGUGAUAGUAAACGUUAGGAUUGUGAUGUAAUGCGCACGCACUGAUAAUAAACAUUGCCUUUAUGAUGUAAUGCGCAUGCAGUGAUAAUAAACAUUCGCAUUGUGAUGUAAUGCGCACGCACUGAUGAUAAACAUUAGGAUUGUGAUGUAAUGCGCACACAGUGAUAGUAAACGUUAGGAUUGUGAUGUAAUGCGCACGCACUGAGAAUAAACAUUAGGAUUGUGAUGUAAUGCGCACGCAGUGAUAAUAAACAUUAGAAUUGUGAUGUAAUGCACACCCAGUGAUAAUAAAUAUUAGGAUUGUGAUGUAAUGCACACACAGUGAUAAUAAAUAUUAGGAUUGUGAUGUAAUGCGCACGCAGUGAUAAUAAACAUUAGGAUGGUGAGGUAAUACGCACGCAGUGAUAAUAAACAUUAGCAUUGUGAUGUAAUGCGCACGCAGUGAUAAUAAACAUUAGAAUUGUGAUGUAAUACGCACGCAGUGAUAAUAACCAUUAGCAUUGUGAUGUAAUGCGCACGCAGUGAUAAUAAACAUUAGAAUUGUGAUGUAAUGCGCACGCACUGAUAGUAAACAUUAGAAUUGUGAUGUGAUGCGCACGCAGUGAUAGUAAACGUUAGGAUUGUGAUGCAACGCGUACGCAGUGAUAGUAAACGUUAGGAUUGUGAUGUGAUGCGCACGCAGUGAUAAUAAACGUUAGGAUUGUGAUGUAAUGCGCACGCACUGAUAAUAAACAUUAGAAUUGUGAUGUAAUGCGCACGCACUGAUAGUAAACGUUAGGAUUGUGAUGUAAUGCACACGCACUGAUAAUAAACAUUAGGAUUGUGAUGUAAUGCGCACGCACUGAGAAUAAACAUUAGGAUUGUGAUGUAAUGCGCACGCACUGAUAAUAAACAUUAGAAUUGUGAUGUAAUGCGCACGCAGUGAUAGUAAACGUUAGGAUUGUGAUGUAAUGCACACGCACUGAUAAUAAACAUUAGGAUUGUGAUGUAAUACGCACGCACUGAUAGUAAACGUUAGGAUUGUGAGGUAAUACGCACGCAGUGAUAAUAAACAUUAGCAUUGUGAUGUAAUGCGCACGCAGUGAUAAUAAACAUUAGAAUUGUGAUGUAAUGCGCACGCACUGAUAGUAAACAUUAGAAUUGUGAUGUGAUGCGCACGCACUGAUAGUAAACGUUAGGAUUGUGAUGCAACGCGCAACCAAUGAUAAUAAACAUUAGCAUUGUGAUGUAAUGCGCACGCAGUGAUAGUGAACGUUAGGAUUGUGAUGUUAUGCGCACGCACUGAUAAUAAACAUUAGAAUUGUGAUGUAAUGCGCACGCAGUGAUAGUAAACGUUAGGAUUGUGAUGUAAUGCGCACGCACUGAUAACAAAUAUUAGAAUUGUGAUGUAAUGCGCACGCAGUGAUAGUAAACAUUAGGAUUGUGAUGUAAUGCACACGCACUGAUAAUAAACAUUAGGAUUGUGAUGUAAGGCAUACCACUGAUAAUAAACAUUUGCAUUGUGA